AACCCGACCCCUACUCCUGACGGGAAUCCAUGUUCUGGAGACACAGUUCAAACGAAACUUGAGUGUAUUGGACCAUGCCCAACUGGUCCUCUUGAUGGUAAUUGGGGUUCCUGGUCUCCAUGGACUCGAUGUUCUAAAACAUGUGGAAUAACUGGAGGAAGCAUUCUACGGAGAACAAGAUUGUGCAAUCAACCACCUCCAUUAAAUGGCGGGAAGAAGUGUAUUGGCAAUGACACGGAGGCUUUGCGAGCGUGUUUUACAGCUUGCCCUGUGGAUGGCGGAUUCGGUUUGUGGUCCGCAUGGACAGCGUGCAGUGAGACGUGCGGGACUGGUUCCCAAUCACGAAGCAGACUCUGUAACAACCCAGUCCCUGCUAGUGGAGGACAAAACUGCACUGGGGACUUCACACAGGCGAAGAGUUGCAAGUUAACGUCAUGUCCUGGCGCUGUCAAUGGUGGAUGGUCAGCGUAUUCCCCGUGGAGCGCAUGCACAGAACCUAAAUACUGCCUUCAAGGCACUAAGAAACGAACAAGAACCUGCACCAACCCUCCCCCGGCAAAUGGUGGCGACGAUUGCUCCGGCAUGGCUGUGGAAGAGAAGAUUUGCCCCAAACAAGCAGAUGGAUGCACAACCUAUCAGCCAAACAAGCCGGACAAAACUGCAGCCGACCCCGGAUCCUGGAUAGCUUUGGAAUGCGGUGCGACGGAAAAGUUCUCCGCUACUGGGUCUUAUAAUCAACAAGUUCCCUUUGCUGUGUAUUCAAGUCAAAAUUUCGGUUUCAUGAGAACUGAAUUGGAAAGUGGAUGGUUUGCCUUUCAAAUGGUUCCUGAUGAUAAAGACGAUUACGGAAAAAAGAAACUGACAAAGGUAUGCUUUGAGAUAAUCGAUCCGUUAACCAUCGACAAAGUUGUAACCAAUAAGGCAACAUACUACACUAAAAUCGAUGCUCUGCCCGAAUGGACUAAGCCCGAGUUAAGUGAGACUGUUCCAGCGUUUACCAUCUGGAUUGAUGAAUUACAAGCUCUCAGAAAAUACGAGUUCCAGUGCGCAAAAUCUGAUGAGUAUGUACCACUGACCGGAUACGUAAUGACGGAUGUCAGGUUCUCCUACUAUACCGAAGGAAACUCGCAGACCUUUAAAGCUAAGGGAGAUUACACAAUUAGCACAGGGACUGUGUUCAAGACAGAAGUGAAAAAAGACGUCAUUAGUGGUGGGGUGUACGCCACAGGAGACACUGACUCUGUUAAGUUCCCGGAUAUAAUGGCAUCCUUCGGACUGGACCCUAGUUCCUUACCAGAUUUCUUCGUCAAUGCUUUAAAAGGAGUCGGUAUUUGGGAUUUCACUAUGGCCCCCGCCCAGGUCGUUAGGAAGCUUGUAAAGAAUGGUGUGUUUAGAUUCACUGCCUCCAUUGAUGCAGGCGGUGUUCCUAUUCACGUUGAGAUUUUAACGGGAGUCAGAUUUGGACGAAAAACGUUCGCAGUCGGGUUUUCUUUUGACCGCGAGUCGUAUGGAAAACUAGCCGAGAAACUGUCUGGAAUUGGAGUGGACUUCCUAGACAAACUUGGACUAGAGUUUGAGAUUGGAUUAUCCUUUCACCCUCCGGCGUCCUUAGGGUUUCAGCAGCUCUUUGUAGAUUCGGAGACCAAGUUUUCCAAAGAGCCUCUGCAUAGUUUUAUAUUCACUAGUGUACCACAAGGCAUCUUCGCAGCAGCUCAAGUUGUCUUACCAAAAGAUUGUCAAGGCAACAAAUUUUGUGAAAUAAUGAAAAUGAUUGUAGGGCCGACAAUAAAGUGGUAUAUCACUGGCCAGUUUGAAUGGAAGAAGAUCCGAGUCGCUACAGGUUUCGCUAAUGUUCGAAUCUACGAUGGAUUGUAA